CUGUUGCCAGUCCGAGGUCUUGUGUCCUCAGAACUCCUAUUUGUCCACCAAACGCUGUUUGCUUGAGGACUUGGCGUGCAGCCACGAAAACGACAGAGUCAACAGACUCAAUAGGUCUGGAAACGGAGGGCGGACAGGUGGUUGGCAAGGUGUCUUUGCCACUCCAGCCGGCGCACUGAGUGCCAAUCGCCUGUGUAAUUUUUCAAGAGUCCUGCCUCGCUUUGGCAGACAUGCCACAUGGCCUGGCGGCGGAUGAGUGGUCCCCAUGGAACCCCUUGCGUUUCCAGAUGGUCAGGAAGUUGGAAGAUGCACCACGCAAUAAGGGGCGUGUGCUACUGAUGAAAGACACAGCAGCUGCCAUGCUCGUAGCGGUGAAGCAGGUUCCGACCUGGUGGAUGCUGCACAACCAGAGUGAGUUCAAGAGCACUUAUCCAUUUGAGACGGAGAUGCCCUGGAUGGAUGUGGCGUAUUCAGCAUUUCUGAAUCAGGUUGGAUAUCACUGGGCAUGUGAGCUGCUGGGCGUCUACCGUGACGAGACUUGCACCUACAUUGUCUCCUCUUUCGCGUCGCAUGGCGAUCUUUUCUACUGGUCCUCACAUUUGGAUCUAUCGCCGGGCAUGGACCGAGAGGUGGCCGUACAGCCUCUUGCGGUGCAAAUGCUGAGAGCAGUCCAAGAGUUGCAUGACUUGUCCAUCGCGCAUCAUGACUUGUCAUGCGAGAACAUCCUGGUGACAAAGGUAGAUGACACACUUGAAAUUCGUGUCAUUGACUUUGCAGCCGCCUCUGGUUCCAGAGUGUCCAGUGGCGCCCAUGGAAAGGACAUGUACGUAGCUCCAGAGGUUCACACCAGCCUCAAGUACGAUGCUUUCCUAGCAGAUACGUUUGCUUUAGGUGUGAUCAUUCUCUCUGCUCUUCUGCAGAGGUAUCCGUGGAACUCGACAAGGCCUGGCUGCUGUAAGUCCUUUGAGUAUGUCCGCAAGCAUGGACUACGUCAGUACUUGAAGAAGCGCAAGCUUUCCGGCACCUCCCUUGUCUUUGCAGAUGCCCUUUCAGAACCGUGUAUUCACCUCUUGGACGGUUUGCUCGCAGUGGACCCACAGCUUCGGCUGACGCUGGGUGAGAUUGCCUGUUCAGGAGGCGAUGAUGGAGAGCAUUUGUCAGUGUGGAACGAGGACUGGGUUAUCAUGGCACCUCAGCCUUGGGUGCGUGAGAUCAGUGAUUUUUGAAGCAGCUUUUGGUGGUUGUGCAGACUGCGGCCACUUGAGCCGACCUGCCUUCGAACUACAUGGCAGCUUCAAGAAUCAAUGAAGGGAG